AUCUUUGCUACUUUGAGAAGUUUUUAAAAAAAAUGAUGUGAUGGCUAAAAUGGCGUCAGGAGAUCUUUCUUUAACUAGCAAUAGCAGUCAAGAAGAAGAAAGUCCUGAAUAUGCGGAUUACGAUCGUACUUUGCGGCCGCCUUCGGAUUCGAGUAGUGGCACAUCAGCAGCUAAUAUGAAUAAUAGCAACAAUAAUAACAAUGCCAAUAAUGGUGGUGCUAUUGUCAGUGGCGGUGGUGGUGUUAGCAGUGGUUUGGGGAAUCCGAAAAAAUAUGAUUCAAUUAAGAUACAGUAUGAUUCGGCUUUACUUGAAUUGAAGACGUUACGACAUCAACAUGCCGACACAGUCAGAAGAUGUGAUAAUUUGGAAAGUCAGUUGGCUUUCUAUCAGGAACAGUAUAAUGCCGCUAUGAAUCAGCUAAAAAGUUCUGAACGAAAUAAACUUACUGAUGUGGUGGCAGAAAAUGCUCGAUUAAAACAACAGAAUAAUAUUUUGGAAUGCAAGUUAAUGCGCUUCGAAAAUGAAAAUGGCAAUUCGCAGACAGACGGUCGCAGCAAUAAUUCUUACUAUUGCGAUUAUAAUGAAAGAAGCGGUCCCGGUGGCGGAGGAACUGUUGGGGGCGCUGUUAUUACUAAAUGUAAUGGUACUUGUGCGAAAAGCGAGAAACUAAGCGAAGAAUUAAUUUUGAGUAAGGAACGUAACAAUGAUUUGAUAGAAGAACGCAAUCUUUUGGCAGCUGAGAGAGAAAAAUACAAGAAGAGCUACAAUGCUGUAUUAGUUGAUUUGGACAAAGAACGAAAAUUUUAUCGCGACUCGCGCGAUCAAUUCAAUAUGCAGAGAGAACAGUUUCAAUUGCAACGAGAAAUUAUGGAAAAAGAAAUUCAAAAACUUAAAAGCUUACUAGCGGCUGAGUCUAAUAAAGUUCUAAUGAUAACCAUGCAAAAAGGUCGUAUAGAGGAGGAAUUAAAUCAAUUGCUUUCCGAGAAGGAUAACGUUUUACAAGAACAUCAAAAGAUGUCUGACGAUUUAGCGGCAGCCAAUAAAGAGUUGGAUCAAUAUAAGAAAGAAGAAAUUGGUUAUAAAAAUGAUCUGCAAGCAUUACAACAAUCCAUAAGUGAGUUAAAAAAACGCGAUUUGUUGAAGUCUCGCGAAAGCACCUGGUCUAAGGAAUUUUCAGAUAGUAAAGAUGAUUUUAAAGAAAUUGAAAAAUUACGUAAAAAUUUAGAAAAAGCGCAUGCAGAGGCGGAUCGAGCUGCUCAAGAUUCUGACGAGGCUAAACGUGUGCGUGAUUGGGCUAUUUCUCAGCGGGAGAAAAUUGUUCAAGAGCGUGAUUCCGUAAAAACCUUGUGUGACAAUUUGCGCAAAGAACGGGACAAAGCGAUAUCAGACUUAUUGUCGGCUAUCAGAGACAGUGAGAAAAUUAAGAAGCAAAAGGAUGAGGCUCAGAGAACGAUUGACGUUCUUAAAGAACAGUUGGAACAAAAUAGCAAUGUGAAUUCUCCGGCGCGCCGAAAUUGUCGAACGAGCACUUAUGAAGCCGAGGACAUGCUGGCGAUUGAAUUGAACAAUUAUCAUACGGAAUGUGAUAUGGGUAUCAUAUUGGAUGACAGCAAUCAAAAGCAUUUAGUUUGUGGCGUCACAAAUGUGUCCCCGGCAUUUGGUAAGCUAAAGAUUAACGAUGUUAUUUGCAAGGUCAACAAUAUCGACUGUCAAGGUUUAACCAAGCAUAUGGUGCUCGAUGAGAUUAGAAGCAGCGCUCCGAGAGUAAGUCUAUUAAUUUCUCGCACACGCCAUAGCAAAAGGCAUUUUUAUACUGUACACAUGAAUUUGCAGCAGAAUCGUAACCAUGGCAUACAAGUGGAUGCGGGAGUUUUCAUUUCAAAGGUAGAAUCCAACUCGUUGGCCGCGUUUGAACCCGAAUUAGAGGCCGGUGAUCGCAUUUUAAGUAUUAAUAAUAAAUCUAUGGAGGGAAUGCAGUCACUAGAGGAUGUGAUGACUUUGUUGAAUGAUGAGCGUAACGAAUCGAUUACAUUAUUUGCCUUAAAGAACGUACACGAUUCGCCUGGAUCUGAAACACAAAGGCGUAUGACUACUUCCGCUGCGCAAACAGAUUCCGUGGACUCAAUGCAUCGCGUAACGAGUAGUAAACAUCCUUCUAAAAUUGCGGAAAUGUUAAGUAAAUUUAAAGAGAAAAUUCACAUAUCCAAACCGGGCACAGAUGGGGAUCAUUUCGCCCAGGAACAUGACGCUUUGGCCGCGUUAGAUUCUGUGUUGAGUGAAAACUCCUCGGAGAAGAGCAAAGAAAAUCUUUUUAAACGCAAUAAAAGUAAAAAAAAAGAAAAAGAAGCAGCCGCUAAAACUAUGGGUACUUGGCCUAGAACUAAUAUCUUGCAGGCAACGCAUGAAAACCCAACUGGUACUAUUGUGCAAAGAGAAAAGAAACGAGCGCCAUUGUCCUUAUUUACAGCGGGGCCGAUAAAUGUUGACAAAGACGAUGAUGGACGACCGGAUUCAGACGAUGCACCUCCGCCACCGUUGCCACCCGCACAAAAUAAGCCACAGGCACAUAUGCGUAACGGUAUUUCCAGCACAGUAAAGCAUAAUCCUAAUCGCAAUUCGAAUCCCAUACCAUGCACAGUUCUUUUUCAAAACAAUGGAAGCGGUCAAAUAGGCGGCAGUGGUACUAACAAUGCCGGAAGUAACUAUGGCUCCAAUAAUUAUAUGCGUCAUUCGGUGUAUGCUACUACCCCCACCACCACCUUGGAGACCGAGUCAAUGGUAAUAGAACAAACUAAACCUUUGCAAAGGCCAGCACCCAUAAUAAUGGGCGCCACCAACAUGCGACCGAAACAAGCUGACAAGUAUGGAAAUCCUCGAACUCAUGUGCAUAAUUAUCAGAAUCGCUAUUCACUCAAUAUAACACCGACCGAGUUCUACAAAACUUCAGGACAACAGGCACAACAGCAAGUCAUAAAUACCGGUGGUAAUGUAGGCGGUAACGGCAUGAAUGGCGUAGUCGAUAUGUUGCCCCGCAAACAACAUCUGUUUGACAUGUUUCAUAACGCAUCAAAUGCUAAUAAGUCAACACCACAUCCCGCCUUGUUUGUGCCCUUACAAUCACCGCUAAACUCAAAUUUUGGCCGAAGUAAUUGUUCAAGCCAACAACAACAGCAAAACUCGUUGGAUAUGAUAUCGCUCAAAUCGCAGAAUUCCAUUGAUUCCAUUUUGUCCGCGAAAAGCCCUCCUAUAAGUGAAUACGCAGCUCUUGCCAAUUAUCCUAAGAGAGGAUUACCAAUGCCGCAGUCAGCACCCGGAUCAGCAACGAAGAAUGUUUCGAAAUACCCAAGUGAUAGCGAGAGCAUUGCGUCUGGUAUCACAGGUUGUGGUGGCGGAUUGUUUCAUUCGUCUAAUAAUCCACCGCCAUCCAGACAUUUGCCCUUAUUUCCUUCCUUUACGCCAUCGGCGCAUUCGCACGCUAUGCGCCCUAUAAGACAUUCUAGUCCUUUAACACUACCCUCACCGCCGCCUCUGCAUCCAAGUGUACCGUCCUCGUCUUCGGCGCCUCCUCACCAUCUGGAUUCAUCAAUUGGUAUACCGACGUCUUCAGUCGAUAAAUUUGAUAUGGAUUACAUGUCUCCGACUCAUUCACAUCAGCAUCAGCAUCAGCAUCAGCAACCUCAUCCACAAUACAUAAAUGAUUACCCGCCUAGUAUCCCAACUCAUCCUUCUUUUCAUCCUAGCCCUGCCGUUUCAGCCAGCGGAGGCAGUAUUAUCUAUGAAGGCGGUACGUUUCCUCGCAAGAAAGAUCAUCAACGUUUGCGCAUACCAUCUAAUCCAAGCGUGGCAAGUAAAAGUAGUGGUGUAAAAAAUAGCUCCGGAUCAAUUGACCAUCACUAUUCGUCAGGAAUUAAUACUCCCUCAGGGAUUAUAUCCUCCGCCAUGACACCAUACACGGGCGUGGUGCAUCACCAUACGGCGUUAACAAAUGUCGCAGCUAACGGGGGUAAUAGUGGACGGGGAUCGCCUAUGCCACAGGUGCACGUAGAAGUGCUUAGCCAUGGCGGCAAUAAACGCAAUUCAAAUGUGCCCUCGGAUUUUUUAUGCCCUGGAGAUCUUAGAAGAGUCACGAUCGAAAAAAGCGAUAAAUCGCUUGGCAUUACUAUUCAAUGCAACAACAACGGUGGUGGUAUAUUUGUUUCGACUGUAGCCGACAAAAGUAUUGCCACCCGUGCUGGUCUUCAGGUGGGCGAUCAACUCUUGGAAGUAUGCGGUCUCAAUAUGCGUUCGGCUACAAAUGAUAUAGCAGCCAAUGUGCUGCGUCAGUGUGGAAACUCAAUUACUAUGUUGGUACAAUAUAAUCCGGAAAAAUUUCAUUCGGCAGAGUACGAAGGAACACAUAAUUUAGAACCGGAAUCGUCUGUCAAUCAUUCAGGAUCACCAACACCUCGCAAUUCGCCAAGACCACCAAUACGUCCUAUAAUGGCUUCUCUGCCACCGAUGCCUAUUUCCACGUCCACGCCAAAUAGUUCAAUGGCUCAUAGUGCUGUGAUGCCUCAGUCAGGAUCAUUAAUGUCACAGCAAUCUAUGAAGGAUCAAAGUUUCGCAGAUAGUUUAGAAAAUCAAUCGGACAUAAGUAGCAGCCAAGAUAUUCCCUCGUCAGCGGCUACCACCACAACUAUUGCCUCUACUACUGCAGCAUUACCUUACGAAGAGGAGCCACGAUACGUAACAUUGCAUAUGGAUAAAUCAAAAAAUCCGGGAAUUAAAUUGUUCGGUGGGAACAAAGUUGGAAUUUUUGUGCACGAUGUUCAUCCAGGAUCGCCAUCUGAUAGAGCUGGAGUAAGAAAAGGAGAUCAAAUCUUAGAAUAUAACGGAGUUGAUCUAAGGUGUGUUACUGCCGAGCAGGCAGCUAAUGAAAUCUCCAAACUAACGGAUACCGUGACCAUGUUAGUGCAGAAUAAAUUAAAAAAACUAAAGCAGAUUAAAGACAAGUCAGGCGAUUCAUUUUACAUACGCGUGGGGUUUGAUCGUACCGGUGAUCUUAAUGAGGGUGAUUUACGUUUUGUGAAAGACGAAGUUCUCUAUGUGGAUAAUACUGUUUUCAAUGGUACAUUUGGUUUGUGGCGCGCUUGGAAAUUAGAUGCGAAAGGCUAUCGAAAGGAAUGUGGCAUUAUACCCAGUCAAAUGAAAGUUGAAGAAGAAUUACGUGCCGCUGAGGUAGUUGAAUGCGAUGGCAAUGGUACGGCACGACGUGGCAGCACUUCAACGCGUCGUUCAUUUUUUCGUCGUAAAAAGCAUCAACGCAGCUCUUCGCGAGACUCAACAGAAAUCGCUAGUUUCAGUAAUACGCAAUUGAGUUAUUUCCCCGAUUCCGGUAUACUUAAUGAUGAUGGUGGUAUUCUGAGCUAUCAACGGGUGGAACGUUUAGAUUCUCCGGUAAGGCGGCCUGUCUUGAUUAUAGGACCGCUAUCAGAAUGUGUUAUGAGCAGGCUAACCAUUGAUUUUUCUAAUCUAUUUAAAAUGUGUGAAGUGACGGUUAUGGAUUGUUCUCAAGAGGCUAUGGAAGAGGGUUUACAAAAAAAUAUUUUCGUUGAUUAUCGUAGACGCGGCAAUAAAUUUGAGUGCACCACUAUAGAAACUAUCAACAACACUUGCAAAAACGAUCGACGACAUUGUAUUUUGGAUAUCUCUAUAUCAGCGGUCGAACGUUUACAACGCUUGCAAAUUUAUCCUAUUGUAUUAUUAUUGCGUUUUAAGUCGGCUAAACAAAUACGAGAAAUACGAGAUUUUGGCACAGAAAAAAUAUCAGCGAAAGCCGCUAAAGAAAUGUAUGAAAGGGCCCUAAAGCUUGAAAGUGACUAUAAACAAUAUAUAUCAGCUGUUAUACCUGGGGUUAGCAUAAAACACAUGUGCACUCAAAUAAAAGACGCUGUCGAUAAAGAGCAAGAUAAACUUUUGUGGGUUCCCGUAACAAAUGCUUAAAAUCAAAUUGUUACAAUCUAAAGUAUUUACUAUUUUUAUUAUCGUUUGCCUUAUCGUUUAGAUCAACGCACAUUUUGUUUAUUUGUAAUUUAUUUAUAUAAACACAUUGAUUGUCUAUACACACACACAUACACACAUACACACACA